CUCCCGAAAUAAUCCACCAUUGUUGAAGCAAUCCUUGUCUCUUUUCUUUUCUCUCUCAUAAAACAUACUAAUAAUCUUUCAAGAUUAUUCAUCAAUGGCGUUAAAGAAAACAUUAGCCCAACGUCUUUUCAGCAUGUCUAGAAUCAACAUUCCGGCUUUAACAAAUUACCGGAUUUCCUCAUCGUCAACAGCUGUUAAUGCCCUAUCAAAUCCACAGCCAAAGCUAAAUAAACUGGCUCUGGAUCCCGGAGAUGAUGGGAUUUUCCGGCGGUACUUGCACCGUCACUCGGUGGCCAUAUCUCCUGAAAUUCGGUCCCUGCCCACCGGAAAAAAGCUGCUGGAGAAACUCCGGGCGAUGGACAUGACCCGAGACCGGAUCAGGAUUGAAGGAUUGAGUCCUCCAGCGGGAGAGGUGCCGCCGUCGACGAAUAAGAAGCUGACAGUGGAGGAUGUCAAAAAGAUUCUAAGAUUGUCGCAGCUUGAAAUGGUGAAGGAAAGUCUUAAGCAUAUUGAAAAUGAUUAUAUUUCUUAUUCAGAUUAUUUACAGAUUUGCAUUAAAAAUUGCUCGAGUGUUCAUCAAGGAAUGGAGUUCGCUAAAAAGCUCGAUGAAUCUGGCGCUGUUAUUGUAUUGGGUGAUUUUGUCCUCCUCCGGCCUGAGCAGGAAAAAGUGAAACAAUGUUUCGCACUCAGAUCCCUUAAAACCAGAUGGUGACCUUUAUAUUGGGUGGAUCACUCAUCAAAAGAAGAUUAUUUUCGGAGACCAAAAAUGAU